AUGACCACUCGACAACCCCUUCGGAUACUGAGCCUCCUAUGCUCCCGCCAGUGUACCAGCUCUCGCCGUCUCGCAGCAGCCACAUCCACCCUGAAGGCCGACCUCCGCUGGUCGUCAUCCAGCUCGCGAUGGAAGCAGCGCCAAGUAAGGGACGCAUUCUCGCGAGGAGCAAAAGUCCAAGGCUUGAAAAGCAGAGCUGCCUUUAAGCUCCUCGAGGUAAUCUACACCGCGCCCCCCACCAACAUAUCGUCUAAUGCGUUGCAGAUGGAUUCCAAGCAUAGGCUUUUCAAGCCCGGACAGACUAUUGUCGAUUUGGGAUACGCGCCGGGCAGUUGGUCGCAAGUCGCGCAGGAACGGACCAGGCCGCACGGGAGGGUCAUUGGGAUCGACCUGAUUCCCGCGCAGCCGCCGCGCGGCGUGGCCACUUUCCAGGGGGACUUUCUGUCGCCCGGUGUGCAGAGGCUUGUGAGGGAGUUUAUCGCCCGGACGGGGAGGCCUGUCGAGAAGGUUGAGAGGGGGGAAGAAGGGGAGACGAUGAGCUAUAUUGAUCGCGAGAGACGGGCUUCCGAGGAGCGGGAGGGGAAUGGGACGUCGGCGUCGGUGGAUGUUGUUCUAAGUGACAUGUCAGCACCCUGGGAUCAAACCUCUGGCUAUAUGUCCAACACGUUGACCAAUCCGUAUCGUAGGCUGAUGAACACGAGUGGUGUUGCGUUUCGAGACCACGCAGGGAGCAUGGACCUUUGUGCGGCGGCGCUACAAUUUGCAAGCGAUACCCUUAGGCCAGGUGGGCAUUUUGUGUGCAAGUUUUACCAGGGGAGCGAGGACAAGAAGUUUGAGGCGAGGCUGAAGAAGAUGUUUGCAAAGGUGUUUAGGGAGAAGCCCGAGUCUUCGAGAAGCGAGAGCAAGGAGGCUUAUUUUAUUGCCUUGAAGCGGAGGGCGGGUGUUGUCGUUGAUUUUGAGGACUCUGUAUAA